UGUCUGGGAGAUCCUGUGUCAUCUCUCUGCAUGUGGACAGGAAAAGUCAGCAGCAUUGCUCUCAGGGCUUCUCUCUGGGCAUUUUGCUCUCAUUCAGCUCCCACACACUUACUGAAGCACAGGAUUAGUUUCUUCCACCAGGUCUCCUAUGAAACAAAUGGAUCUUUAAGCUCCAGCACUGCAGCACUGGUUCAUUUCUGCUUUCCACACAACAGUUGUGCCUCAUUAUCCACUGCCUGCUGCCUUAUUAUUCCUCCAGAUCUCUGAAGUUUCCACUCUUUUGCCAGCUCCUCAAGUAGAGAUGAUGGGAUUUCUUCUAACCAGACUGCUGCAAUGAGACUGACCUAAGUCACCUGUCCUCCCCGAGUUGUAAGACCCCCUUGUACUCCACCAAGACUGCAGCAGGGACAGCAAGCUGCAUGAGGGACCUUCAGACCAGACUGCUCCUCAGCAUGGGCUCUUUUACUGGAAUUGCAUUUCUUUUCUUGGGAGUAUCAAUAACAAGGGUGAACUGUCAGAAUGUCAAAACUAAUGUGCCAAGGGUCAAAUUGUCCUACAGAGAAAUGCUGGACUCCAACAAUUUAAUCACAUUCAAUGGACUGGCCAACAGCUCGAGUUACAGCACAUUCGUAUUAGAUGAAGAGCGGGGAAGGCUAUUUGUCGGGGCUAAGGAUCACAUAUUUGCAUUUAACUUGGCUAAUAUCAAAGAUUAUCAAAAGAUUACAUGGCCAGUAACAAACACUCGAAGGGAUGAAUGCAAAUGGGCUGGGAAAGAUCUUCUGAAAGAAUGUGCAAACUUCAUUAAAAUUCUUAAGGCUUAUAACCACACUCACUUGUAUGCCUGUGGAACUGGAGCUUUUCACCCUGUCUGUACCUAUAUUGAUAUUGGCCACUAUCCUGAGGAUAAUGUGUUUAAACUUGAGGAUUCUGUUUUUGAAAAUGGUAGAGGAAAAAGCCCUUAUGACCCCAAGCUGUUAACAGCAUCGAUUUUGAUCGAUGGGGAGCUGUAUUCAGGGACUGCAGCAGAUUUUAUGGGAAGAGAUUUUGCCAUUUUCCGCACGCUUGGAAAUCAUCAUCCAAUUAGAACCGAGCAGCAUGACUCCAGAUGGUUAAAUGAUCCAAGGUUCAUCGGUGCAUAUUUAGUACCAGAGAGUGACAACCCAGAAGAUGACAAAGUAUAUUUUUUCUUUCGUGAAAAUGCAAUAGAUGGUGAACACACUGGAAAAGCAACACAUGCAAGAAUAGGACAAUUAUGCAAGAAUGACUUUGGUGGGCAUCGGAGUUUGGUUAACAAGUGGACAACGUUUCUAAAGGCUCGAUUAAUUUGUUCUGUUCCUGGUCCUAAUGGAAUUGAUACACAUUUUGAUGAAUUACAGGAUGUAUAUUUAAUGAACUCCAAAGACCCAAAGAAUCCGGUUGUGUAUGCAGUUUUCACAACUUCAAGUAAUGUAUUCAAGGGUUCAGCUGUAUGUAUGUAUAGCUUGUCUGAUAUACGAAGAGUAUUUUUGGGUCCAUAUGCUCACAGAGAUGGUCCAAACUAUCAGUGGGUGCCUUAUCAAGGAAGGGUUCCUUAUCCAAGACCAGGAACUUGCCCAAGCAAGACAUUUGGAGGGUUUGACUCAACAAAGGAUCUCCCAGAUGAAGUUAUUAUGUUUGCCAGGAGCCACCCAGCCAUGUACAACUCUGUUUUACCAAUCAACAACCGUCCAAUCAUAAUUAAAACAGAAGUGGAUUAUCAGUUUUCUCAGAUAGUGAUCGAUCGUGUAGAAGCAGAAGAUGGACAGUAUGAUGUAAUGUUUAUUGGAACAGACAUUGGAACAGUUUUAAAAGUUGUUUCCGUUCCCAAGGAGACUUGGCAUGAUUUAGAGGAAGUACUUCUGGAAGAAAUGACAGUAUUCAGGGAGCCAUCUGCAAUUCUAUCCAUGGAGAUAUCCACAAAGCAACAACAACUGUACAUUGGCUCGCUGAUGGGAGUUUCCCAGAUCCCUUUACACCGCUGUGAUGUUUAUGGAAAAGCAUGUGCUGAAUGUUGUCUUGCCAGGGACCCCUAUUGUGCCUGGGAUGGUUCUUCAUGCUCCCGCUACUUUCCUACUGCUAAAAGGCGCACAAGAAGACAAGACAUCAGAAAUGGGGACCCCCUAACACAUUGUUCAGAUCUACAACAUCAUGAUGAUCCACAUAGACAGAGUUUGGAUGAGAAGAUAAUCUAUGGUGUGGAGAACAGCAGUACAUUCUUUGAGUGCAGUCCAAAAUCACAGAGAGCCACCGUAUUCUGGCAAUUUCAGAGACAGAAUGAUGACAAGAAAGAAGAGAUAAGAGUCGACGAUCGUACAAUCAAAACAGAUCAUGGCCUUCUCCUUCGCACACUUAAGAAGAAAGAUUCAGGAAUUUAUUAUUGUAUUGCAGUAGAACAUGGAUUCAUGCAAACACUCCUCAAAGUGACUCUAGAAAUUAUUGAUACAGAGCAUCUAGAUGAACUUCUGCACAAAGAUGAUGACGGCGAGAACCACAAGCACAAAGAACCAUCAAACAGUAUGUCGCCAACACAGAAGAUCUGGUACAGAGACUUCAUGCAGCUAAUCAACCACCCAAAUCUCAACAGUAUGGAUGAAUUUUGUGAACAAGUAUGGAAAAGAGACCGCAAACAACGUCGACAAAAAAAUGUCAAUGCCCAGGUUAGCCCCAACAAAUGGAAGCACCUACAAGAAAAUAAGAAGGGCAGAAACAGGAGGACCCAUGAAUUUGAAAGGGCACCAAGGAGUGUCUAACCCACAUUACCUCUUCAAACCUCAUCCGAGUAGGAUUUGUAUAGACAUUAAACUGGAAAAAUGCAAUAUUCAUGAAUCUUUUCAUGGCAUUAUUUGGAUGUUUACAGAGUGGAAAGUUCACAAUACUUUCUGCUAAGUCUAAAUAAAAUACAUUAGUAACUUUUCAAAUAGACCUAGACUACAUAGACAAAAUUUAAGAUUUUAAAGACAGAGUGUCUCAGCUUGGUUUUCCCAUUUCUGAAGUAAUCCUCCUCAGAUUUUUUUCAAUUUAUUCCUUCUCCAAGGAGAAACUGUUAGUUUACCACCUUGCCAUUGAAAUGAGAAAAGCCUAGCAUCAGUCGUCAACACCGUUCCGGAACUAGAUAUGACAUUCACUAUCCUUGUUAACAAUAAUUUCAGAUUGUACACUUAACAUGCUACCAUGUGCAUAUUUGUAUGAGAAGGUAGGAUGGUGAUAUCUGGGAAUGUACAAAACCCAAACCUUAAGCUGCAACAAUAACUUGGUUGCUCCCAAGCAAACAAGUUGUACUUACUGACCUACUACUGAUAUCUUCAACCAGCUUUGACCUUAAGUUAUAAUGUACUAAUUCUUAAUUUAAACAUAUCAUGACAAAUAUGCAGUAAAUGUAAUUGGUUAUUUUUCUUGUUUUCUUACUAAUUGUAGCACAUUCUCCUUUUUUUUUCUUCUUUUUGUCUUGCACGCAUUUUCUUUCUUGAAAAAAAAAUCUUUAUUUUUAUUUUAUUUUCGAUGUAACAUUUUUUCUAAAGAAAAGUGAUACUUAACAAGGGGAUGAUGUGUCAUAUCAUGGGAAAAAACAUUUAAAUAUUAAAUAAUUUUGUACACUAACAAGAAACCAUACAAGCAAAAAUAAAGUGAGCAAAUAUUCUGAUUAAAGGAUGUUUUGGAUCCAAGGUCUGUUUAAAGGAAAGCAGUAGACUAAUCUAGUUGCUAAAAUAUUGGAAUUUAACAGCAACUAGUUUCUCUGAGUUUUCCGCAUUUGGCCUCUAUGGAGAAUAAACUGCAUUGAUAAUGGAUUUAAUGCAUUUAAUGCCACUCACUUGUGUGAUAACUCCCAUGGGACAAUUUCCUAUUAUGUCAGGUAGGUUUAUGGAUAAUUAGUUGACCACACUCACCAGCUAUUACUUUAUCCAUCAGCAAGAAGUAAUGUGGUGUACACAUACAACCCAGUUCAGCAAUCAAGUUUUCUGGUCAUCUGCUUCAAUAACCAUAAGGACAAUUUGGUUACUACAAAAGUUGAGAAUCUGGUAAUUGGGUAGAAUGUUGUAUUGGGCAAUGGUCAAAUAAUAGUUUAGAAAUGUAAAUUUUGUAUUAUCUACAUAUAUAAAAUAAUAUUAUAGAUCACAUUUUCUAUAUUUACAUAUAUGCUUGCUAUCUGUACCAUAUGAAAAUUCUGGGUGGUGGCCUAUGCAAACAUAUGUGUUUAAAUUGUCUUAAUCAGAGUUGUAUAACGUUUAAAAAAUUGUGGCUCGGUCUGCUAUUGAAGCUUAAGACCCUGUAAUAUGGGCUGAUGAUCAGCUGAAUGGAUGUUCAUACAAACGUUCAUUUCUGAUGAUUGCCCCAUGUAAACAUGCCUAGCAAUCACCCACAAGCAAAAAAGCUAACAAUCAUUUGCUGUUGUUUGCAUCUUUUAUGAGAGCAUAAAAUAUUUUUUGUAAAUAAGGUAUAUGUAGCUGACAAUGUAAUUUUGAGAAGAGGGCUUUGAAUAAAUGAUCACAGGAAUGAUCAGUUGCAUGGGACUGGGCUUCAAUAUCAGGCACUACCCAUGGGAGACAUGGUUUCUGAACGAAAAGAGUCAUUUUUUUUAUUUAAUUUUUUUUAUCUCAUAUCACCUCUUUAAGCAGAUCUGGUCCAAAUCUUAUCAAACAAAACCAGCACUGAGUUUUUGAUGGGUUUUGCAUGUGGAGAUUUUAAAUAAGUAUUUCCAAUGUUAUUCUACAUAAUAAUAUAAUUUGUAUUUAUUUAAUUAGUGGAGUGAUUAUACCAUUAAAUGAGGCUGCCCCCAUAUAACAGGUAACUAGCUCUAAUACAAAAUAGAUGUUAUCAUUUUAAAUUUCAUAUACAUUUAGUUUUUUUGCACCUAAUUCACACAUAAUGUGGCAUGCCUAAAAAUUAGACAUCUUAGAUUGUUCUCUAUUCUGAUAAGAAUAUAGUCCAUUAAUUACACAAGCACAUAUAAAGUUUACGAGGUCUCCUUUACAGUAUCUUCACUUUUGCAAGCAACUGCCCUCAAGGCACAAAUUGCAGUUCUUAAUAUUUUUAUAUUUCUAUCAUAUAAAAAUAAUAUUCAGAUUUCAUUUUAGAAACAGGAAAUGUGUUUUUAUAAAAGUAUCAGUAUACACUUAUCCUGACAAUAUUUUAUUCAUCUGUGAAUGGUUUUGCACUGUUUAUGGCAGAAUAUUCACAAUUUACUUUCACCCUAAUUCCACGUUAUAACUGGUGAUAGGUGUAAACUGAUAGGUGGAACUGUUAUGAAUCGCCACUUACACCCUACCAGAGACGUUCAUAGUUUAUUCUAUGGGUGAAAUCACAGUUUAAUAAAUUGACAUCUGGAAAGUUUGUAGUAACAUGCAAUUAUUCUCUAAACCUCAAUUUGUCUCAUUUUGAUUGCUGAUUGUAUAUUAAUAUUUGAAACACUACUCAAUAUCACCUCGAAAUUUUACAGAAAGCUGAGCGCUGAGAACCUUAUGUCUAUGCUGUUAGCAGACUAUCAUGGGGUAAAUGGAGUUCAGACAGAGAUUUUAACCUAUAUAAUUUUAAUGUAUUUCUCGUGAGGAGUCAACUUGUCCAUUCUCCUAUGAUAGAACUAACAUGCCCCAUUGGCCAACCUAAACAGGCUUGUCUGUGAUGGUGUCCAAUGAUUCUGGGCACAUUAGUGACAUUCUCAAAAUUCCCACCCAUCAUAUUUACAAGGAAGACAUUUAUUUUCUCUGUCAUUAAUAUUCCUAUUAUCCAUUCUGAUUUCCGUACUGAAACGGUGACAUCAAAAGUUGAGUAUUAAGGUUGCCAAUCAACUGUUAAGGUCAGUUCAUCCUAUGGAAGGUAUCUCUAUUUAUAGACUUUAAAUGCCUUAUCCUGGCAUCUACUGUGCAUAACUUUACUAGAAAUUGUGUAAAGGGAAAUGAACUCAUGUUAAUUAGAGAUUGUGAUCAUUGUUGAAGCUUAAUGAAGACCAUAGGCCACUCGUUAAUUAACGUAUAUCUAACUAAUUAUUCUAUUUAGCGAUACUCAAGCAUUUCUUCCAUUGCUCUGCAAUAGCUUUUUUCUCUUGCCAGUCUAGUAAGUUACAGUUCUUUUACUAAUCUAUGAUCACAAUACAAGCCCAUUUGUAUUUAUUCCACAUGUCAUUCUGAUUGCAUGAUUGCAAUAACAUAAUAAAACAUUUCACUAUUGUAAAUGGAUUUUGAUCUUGCUUCUUUGAUCAAAUAAAAAACAAGGUUUGGGGAAGUAUUUUUGUUUCAGAAUAUGUUAAACAUUUUAGGCCUUAGCCAUGGAUCCAAAGCAUGUAUUUGAUUCAGAAUAUUUGGAUGUCACUUUUCGUUUCCUGCUUCUUCACAAUGGUUUUGGUAGCACAAUGUGGUUCUUAACCAUAUCAAUAGCACCUGUGUGUUGGCACAAGAAUUUUACUUAUCCUGUUACUUAUAGAAAACAUGACCAAUGGGAUAUCGUGCAACUAUCCAGCUUGCAGUAGUUGUUAAAUACAUUUGCUCUAGCAAGGCAACAGAGCCAAAAAUGGGAAGCACAUAACUGUAUAUAGAUAUAUCUGUGCAUUUUCUAAACUGUCUUCCACUGUCUUAUUCAUAAACCAUAGAACGUGACACAGCUAUUCAAUAUCUGAGAGCAAUGACAAGGAUUGUGCAAGAUGUGGCUUCGCAUUUACUGUACAGACUCAUGGCCCACUUAGAGCAACUACUGUAUGUAAAAAGACCUCAAAGCAACUAUUUGCAUGUGAAGAAAGUCUCUGAUCCCAUUUUAUGCAGUAUUUAGUGAUAUCAAUGGUAUGUGUUUUAAUAGUUUGGUUUUGCUACCUGAACAUUAGCCAAAAGAGAUGUAAAUAUUUUUCAAUAGUUAGGGGAGGUACAGUGUAAUGUACUGAUAACCAUAGGUACUCCAUUUCAAUGUGCUCACGUACAAGUAUAUUCAUACAGUACAAGGCCCAAAUGUCAGCCGCCUACUGUGGCCUAGCAGUGGUAAUUUUGCUGUUUUAAUGUGUUUCUAUCAACAAGCCGAAGAACAAUGUGCUUAUGUUUCAUUGUUAAUAUUUAUCAAUGCAUUGUAUGGGGGAAUUGAAAACUGGAGAGGAGAUAUAUUAAGACUUGCUGCUGUAAAUUAUUCUUUUUGGCAUGUAUUCAGUUGUUAAAUAAACAUUUCUUCA